GCGAAUUAACAUUUACUCUCUUCCCAUCUGCCCCCAAAGCUCCCUUCCAGAGAGCUCCCACAAAAGAAAAAAAGAAAAAAGGAGUUUUCUUUUUUUUCGUUUUUUGUCGAAGCAGAAUCUAUCUCUAUAUAGCAAAUGUGCUGCUAAGACCACCCAAUAGGAUCAGUCUCAAUAAAUGGUGAUGGAGAAAGAUGUUUCAGGAAACAACAGCACCAUUCCGCUCCUUGAUCGUCCUGUAACUCGUGCCUUUGCUGCUUCUUCUAAACUGAUUACAUCUUCUUCAGAUGUGGCUCCCAUUACACUGAUCAACCAGGGAAGGGUUAACUGUAAAAGAAGAGCCUUCCAGGAUGAUGCCAAUGCACCUAAGAAGAAGAAGAAGAAGAAGAAGCGAGCUCUUCUUCUUCUUAAAGAUAUCACAAACGUUACCUCCUGCUAUCAUCAUUCUUCCUUCAAUGCACCUAAAAUUCAGGUGAAGCAGAUAAAGAAGAAAAGGGCAGGUUCUUCCAGGGUGGCAGGAGUAAGCUUGUCUCGCUGUACAGCCACAAACAAAGAAGCAUCUUGUAGCUUUAUCGAAAAGCCGAGUUCCAGGUUGCCUCCUAGACCCCCUGGGAGAUCCACUGUGGCAAGUAGCUCAAAAUUGAUUGACAUUGAUUCAGAUGAUCCUUUACUCUGUAGCCUAUAUGCACCUGAAAUCCACUACAACAUGCGUGUUGCUGAGCUGAAACGCAGACCACUUGCUGGUUUCAUGCAAAGAGAUGUGACUGAGAGUAUGAGGGGAAUUCUGGUUGAUUGGCUUGUAGAGGUCUCAGAGGAAUACACACUUUCAUCUGACACUCUCUACCUAACAGUAUAUCUCAUCGAUUGGUUUAUGCAUGGGAACAACUACAUUGAAAGACAAAGACUUCAAUUGCUCGGCGUCACUUGUAUGCUCAUUGCUUCGAAGUACGAGGAAAUCAAUGCGCCACGCAUCGAAGAGUUCUGCUUCAUCACUGAUAACACUUACACAAGAGAAGACGUCCUGGAAAUGGAGUGCCAGGUACUGAAGCAUUUUAGCUUUCAGAUCUACACUCCCACUUCAAAAACAUUUCUCAGGAGGUUUCUCCGAGCAGCUCAAUCUUCUCACUUGAUGAUGGCAAGUGUGGAAAUGGAGUUUCUGCCGAAUUAUCUGACGGAAUUGACGUUAAUAGAGCAUCAGUUCUUGAAGUUCUUACCUUCGGUGAUCGCUGCAUCGGCUGUUUUUCUUGCCAAGUGGACAGUGAACCAAUCAAGCCACCCUUGGAAUCCAACACUGGAGCAUUACACAACGUACAAAGCCUCGGAUCUGAAAGCAUGUGUUGAGGCCAUGCAAGAGCUGCAGCUUAACACCAAAGGAUGUCCCUUAAACUCUAUACGAACCAAGUAUAGACAAGACAAGUUUAAAUCCGUGGCUGUGCUCACUUCUCCUAAGAUACCUGACGGUCUAUUCUGAGAAAAAAGAGAGAAUUAAACCGAGCGGUUCAUCUUGUAACCGAUAGAUAACACGAAGACUGUAAAACAGUAGCAAUCUUUCCACGGUCUCAUAUCAUUCCAAGAAUACCCGGUAUAAUCCGGUUUAGUGUAGAUUUGUUUGGUUCUUCCAAACCUGAUUUUGUUCUUUAAUAAGAACGAGAAAAAAUUGUAAGUCGUCGGACCGGAAUCGGAAAUACAUUUUUCUUUUCUCGCGGAAUAUUUUUGCUUUGAG